ACUUCUCGCUCUUAGUUUUCAAGCACAUUCCAUCAUUCACUGCCAAACCAUCCCUGCAUCCACCUGCGACGGAACUAAUCCAUCACCACCCACCCACUGUGAUACCCAAACCCAAGCGACCUUUCUUGGGAAAUUUUGUAGCGUCAAUCGGCAUAUUCAAUAUUUAAUAUCUUGCAAUUCAGUGGGCAAUAUGGCUGCUCAGGUCGUUACCGUCGGAGAGAGUAAGGACCUCCGGGGUCUCAACCUCAUCGCAGCGCACUCGCACAUCCGCGGGUUGGGCGUCGAUGCCGAUACACUCGAGCCCAGAGUUGCCUCCCAAGGCCUUGUCGGCCAGGAGAAGGCGCGUAAGGCGGCUGCUGUCGUUCUUGAGAUGAUUAAGCAAGGGAAAAUUGCCGGCCGUGCUGUGCUUAUCGCCGGUCCCCCCAGCACAGGAAAGACUGCUCUUGCCAUGGGCAUGGCCCAGUCCCUCGGCACCGACGUCCCUUUCACCACCCUUGCCGCUUCCGAAAUCUACUCUCUAGAGAUGUCCAAGACCGAGGCCCUCACCCAAGCAUUCCGCAAGUCGAUUGGUGUCAGGAUCAAGGAGGAGAGUGAGAUCAUGGAGGGUGAGGUGGUGGAGAUUCAGAUCGACCGGAGCGUUACCGGCCACGCCAAGCAGGGCAAGCUUACGAUCAAGACGACCGACAUGGAAGCUAUUUACGACAUGGGCAGCAAGAUGAUCGAUGCUAUGACCAAGGAGCGCGUCAUGGCCGGCGACAUUAUCUCGAUAGACAAGUCAUCUGGAAAGAUUACCAAGCUGGGCCGAUCGUACGCAAGGUCGCGCGACUACGACGCCAUGGGCGUCGACACCAAGUUCCUGCAGUGCCCCGAUGGCGAGCUACAGAAGCGCAAGGAGGUCGUCCACACAGUAACGCUGCACGAGAUCGACGUCAUCAACUCGAGGACACAAGGCUUCCUCGCCCUCUUCUCGGGCGACACGGGCGAGAUCCGCAGCGAGAUCCGCGAUCAGAUCAACACCAAGGUGGCCGAGUGGAAGGAAGAAGGCAAGGCCGAGAUUGUGCCCGGUGUCCUGUUCAUCGACGAGGUGCACAUGCUCGACAUCGAGUGCUUCUCGUACAUCAACCGCGCACUCGAGUCCGACCUGGCCCCCAUCGUCAUCAUGGCCAGCAACCGGGGCCAUUCCAAGAUCCGCGGCACCGACUACAAGAGCCCUCACGGCCUGCCGCUCGACUUCCUCGACCGCAUUUCCAUCAUCAACACCCACUCGUACACGCCCGACGAGCUCAGACAGAUUCUUACGAUUCGCGCUCAGGAGGAAGAAGUCGACCUUACCCCCGACGCGCUCGCCCUGCUCACCAAGAUCGGCGCCGAGGCCGGCCUCCGGUAUGCGAGCAACCUCAUCACGACGUCGCAACUAAUCUGUGCCAAGAGGAAGGCCAAGCAGGUCGGCGUUGAGGACGUCCAGCGCAGCUUCAAGCUGUUCUACGAUCCUGCCAGGAGCGUCAAGUUCGUGCAGGAGUCGGAGAAGAGGCUCAUCGGCAGUGAUGGCGUGGUCGAUUUCCGUGUCAAUGGCGGUGCUACGGGAGAGCCAGCGGCUACUGCGGCUGGCGGUGAUAGCAUGGAUACCAGCAGCUAAACAGUCAUGGGACAAUGCGCAACAAGGAUUAAUGAAUGAUCUUGGGGUUAUGAUUUCGUUUCGUCUAGGCGUUUAAUUGGGAUGGCUCAUCAAAAAGGCGUCUUUGUCAUGAUAACACUGUUUUCUUAAGCUUUAUGUGUGCCCAGUCAUGGUUUUUUGUCAUGGUACUGAUCAUGGCGAUGGCAUGGAGUCUGCAAAUAUC